GCUCCCCGGGGCGGUGCCGCCCGGUCCCGCCCCGCCGGUGUCCGGUUACCCGGGACCCGCCAGCCCGGGGUGUCGCGCGCCCGCGCCCCGCAGCAGGUGCCAUGGCGGAGGCCCACCAGGCCGUCGCGUUCCAGUUCACGGUCACACCCGAGGGCCUUGACCUGCGGCUGAGCCGCGAGGCCGUGCGGCAGCUCUGCCUCGCCGCCGCGCACGCGUGGAAGAAGCGCCUCGUGCAGGCCAAGAACACGUUCCUGAGUGGGGUGUACCCGGCCUCCCCGUCCAGCUGGGUGCUUGUGGUCAUGGCCACUGCUGGCUCCGUCUACUGCCAGGUCGACCCUUCCCGGGGACUCAUCACCCGCAUCCAGCACUACCUGCCCCAGAGCCGGUUCCUGAGCCCCGGUGGGCGCGAGGCGCUGAGCGCGGCGCUGUUCGGCACCGGCGUGUGGCUGGGCACGGUGCUGCUGUUCCGCCGCGCCCUGCGCCUGCUCCUCACCUACCAUGGGUGGAUGUUCGAGCCCCACGGCCGCCUCAGCCGCCGCACCCGCGUCUGGAUGGUGAUGAUGAAGGUGCUGUCCUUCCGCAAGCCGCUGCUCUACAGCUUCCAGACCUCCCUGCCCAAACUGCCUGUGCCCUCUGUGCAGGCCACCAUCACCCGUUACCUGGAGUCGGUGCGGCCACUGAUGGACAAUGAGAAGUACAACAAGAUGGAGACGCUGGCCAAGGAGUUCAAGGAGACGAUCGCGCCGCGGCUGCAGAAGUACCUGAUCCUCAAGUCCUGGUGGACAACCAACUAUGUCAGUGACUGGUGGGAGGAGUACAUCUACCUGCGCGGCCGCAGCCCCAUCAUGGUCAACAGCAACUACUACGCCAUGGAUUUCCUGUACGUGACCCCCAGCCACAUCCAGGCUGCGCGCGCCGGGAAUGCGGUUCACGCCAUGAUCCUGUACCGCCGCAAGCUGGACCGCGGCGAGCUGCCCCCCCUGAUGGCGCUGGGCAUCGUCCCCAUGUGCUCCUCCCAGUCGGAGCGAAUGUUCAACACCACCCGCAUCCCGGGCAAGGAGACCGACCAGCUCGUGCACCUCGGGGACAGCCGGCACGUGGCCGUGUUCCACCGCGGGCGCUUUUACCGGCUCUGGCUGUACCAGGGGGCGCAGCUCCUGCCGCCCUGUGAUCUCCAGCUCCAGUUCCAGCGCAUCCUGGAUGAUCCCUCGGGACCGCAGCCGGGCGAGGAGCGGCUGGCGGCGCUCACCGCGGGGGAGAGGGUGGCGUGGGCCGAGGCGCGCGCGCGGUUCUUCAGCCGCGGCCCCAACAAGGCCUCGCUGGAUGCCAUCGAGCGCGCCGCGUUCUUCGUGGCGCUGGACGAGGAGGCGCAGGGCGCGGCGCCGCGGCGCGAGGGCUGCAUGGACGCCUACGCCAAGUCCCUGCUGCACGGGCGCUGCUGCGACCGCUGGUUCGACAAGUCCUUCACCCUCGUGGUCUACAGCAACGGGAAGCUGGGCGCCAACGCCGAGCACUCCUGGGCCGACGCGCCCGUCAUCGGCCACCUCUGGGAGUUCAUGCUGGGCACAGACCGGUUUGAGCUGGGCUACACGGAGGAUGGGCACUGCAAGGGGGAGCCCAACCCCAUGCUGCCCCCCCCGCAGCGCCUGCAGUGGGACAUCCCAGAGGAGUGCUGUGCAGCCAUUGAGCGCUCGUACCUGCUGGCACGGACGCUGGCUGAGGACGUGGACUUCCACGUGUUCCAUUUCUCGGACUUUGGGAAGGGGCUCAUCAAGCGGUGCCGGACCAGCCCCGAUGCCUUUAUCCAGAUCAGCCUCCAGCUCGCCCACUUCCGCGACAAGGGCCAGUUCUGCCUGACGUACGAGGCGUCCAUGACGCGGCUGUUCCGCGAUGGCCGCACCGAGACCGUGCGCUCCUGCACCGCCGAGUCCACGGCCUUCGUGCGCAGCAUGGCCGACCCUGCGCAGAGCCGCGCGGAGCGGCAGCGGCUGUUCCGGUUGGCGGCAGAGAAGCACCAGCUCAUGUACCGCUUGGCCAUGACCGGCGCCGGCAUCGACAGACACCUCUUCUGCCUCUACCUGAUGUCGCGGUACCUGGGGCUGCAGUCGCCCUUCCUUGCCCAGGUGCUGUCGGAGCCAUGGCGUCUCUCCACCAGCCAGACCCCACAGCAGCAGCUCAACAUGUUCGACCUCAACAAGUUCCCCGACCACGUCUCCACCGGUGGUGGCUUCGGGCCUGUGGCGGAUGACGGUUAUGGUGUCUCCUACAUGAUAGCUGGGGAAAACCUGAUCAACUUCCACGUGUCCAGCAAGUUCUCGAGUCCUGAGACGGACUCGAAGCGCUUCGGCAGGCACAUCCGUCAGGCCAUGCUGGACGUCGCGGAGCUCUUUGACAAGCCCAAGUGAUGCUGGAGCCAAGCCCCGGGCGAGGGGCACGGAGCUGG